GCCACAAGAUCGCAUGACGUAUAAACCCUAACAACCAAGUUCAAUUCAACGAACAAAAAAUGCUCCCUCCAUCUCCCAUGGCCUCCCUUCGCCGGCUUCUUCCCCUCCGCUCUCUCCUUCUCGGGAAGAACUUGUCUGCCUCUGGUGCUUGCGAAGGGUUAGGAGGAGGCUUUCGUGGCUACAGUGUGAGCCUAUCACCUGAGGAAAGGAUACUCAAAUUGGAAGAAGAUGAUCAGCUUGCCGAAGACGAUAUAGCCAAGAUUCGGGCUCAAUUCGAUGCUGCUAAACAGAGUUUUUUCAAGAUUCCAGAAGCUGUGAAGGAAACGCCUAAAAUGCAUCCCAAAGGAAUAUAUGUGAAUAAGAACCUGAAAUUGGAGGAUAUUCAGGUUUAUGGCUUUGACUAUGACUAUACAUUGGCGCAUUACUCUUCCAACUUACAGACUUUGAUAUACGAACUAGCGAAAGAACAUUUGGUUAAUGAGCUUAGGUAUCCAGAUAGUUGCUUGGAAUUCAAGUACGAUCCCACCUUUCCGAUUAGAGGUUUGAACUAUGACAAGCUAAAAGGUUGUCUUUUGAAGUUGGAUUUCUUUGGUUCAAUUGAGCCAGAUGGAUGCUACUUUGGUCGUCGCAAGCUUACCAGGAAGGAAAUAGAACAGAUAUAUGGGACAAGACAUAUUGGUCGUGAUCAAGCACGUGGGCUCGUCAGUUUGAUGGAUUUCUUCUGCUUUAGUGAGGCCUGCCUUCUUGCUGAUAUUGUGCAACAUUUUGUUGAUGCUAAGCUGGAGUUCGACGCAUCCCAUGUGUAUGAAGAUGUAAAUCGUGCAAUUCAGCAUGUUCACAGAAGUGGCUUGGCUCACAAUGGAAUUCUUUCUGAUCCGCAAAGAUACCUAGUUAAAAAUAAUCAGCUGUUACACUUUCUCAGGAUGCUGAGGCAAAAGGGGAAGAAACUUUUCUUGUUGACAAACUCUCCAUAUCAUUUUGUGGAUGGCGGGAUGCAGUUUAUGCUAGAGGAUUCUUUGGGUCACAGAGACUCCUGGAGGGAGCUUUUUGAUGUCGUGAUUGCUCAAGCAAAUAAACCAGAAUUUUACACAUCUGAGCAUCUGUUCCGUUGUUAUGACAUUGAGAAAGAUACCUUGACUUUCUCAAAAGUGGACACAUUUCUUCCAAAUAAGGUAUACUACCAUGGAUGCCUCAAGUCCUUCCUCCAAAUUACAAAGUGGAAUGGUCCCGAGGUCAUAUACUUUGGGGAUCACCUGUUUAGUGACUUGCGAGGACCUUCAAAAGCUGGGUGGCGCACGGCUGCCAUAAUCCAUGAGUUGGAAAAUGAGAUACGCAUUCAGAACGAGGAUAGUUAUCGUUUUGAACAGGCGAAAUUCCAUAUAAUACAAGAGCUUCUUGGUAAAUUGCAUGCAACUGUAGCUAAUAGUCAGAGACGUGAAGCUUUCCGGUCUCUUUUGUGGGACCUAAAUGAUGAGAGGCAAAAAGCACGUUGUGCAAUGAAAAACAUGUUUAAUAGAUCUUUUGGAGCCACUUUCCUCACUGACACAGGUCAAGAAUCUGCUUUUGCUUAUAACAUCCAUCGAUAUGCUGAUGUGUAUACCAGUAAGCCGGAGAAUUUUCUAUUUUAUCCUUCUGAGGCAUGGCUUCAUGUACCAUUUGAUAUAAAGAUUAUGCCGCAUCAUGUCAAGGUUUCAUCAAGCUUGUUCAAGACUGAAUAGCUAUUAUAAUUCGACCUUAUGGUUGACAAUGACAAUUAUUUGACGAAGAACAGUUGGAUGCUGUUAGUCGAUAUCAUUUCUCAUUCUUUUGGGUUAUAGUGAAUGAAAUAGGGCUAACCAAGGCCAAAUAAAAAGUGAUGACUACAGUGUAAGUGUAUGAAAAUUGAUAUUCAUGUUUUCUUCAUGUACAUAAAUCUUUUACUCGUAUAUGCGAACUUUCUUGAAAUACAAACAUGCUGUCAAAGCAAAAGGCCAAAUAAUGAUUAAAUUGUUGACAUUUCCUUUUUGCAUACGUGGUCAUUAGUCUUCAA